AUGCCUAUUCAUACUGCACCACGCUUUUCAAUAUCUCCCUAUUUUGCUGCAUAUGAUCCAGCUAAACCUGCACCCGUUAUUACAACAACUAUUGAAAAAUCAUUAUCAGAUGCAGGUUCUUUUGGUGUUUAUCAAAUAUCCGUUUUUCUUAUUCUUGGUCUUCUUGCUGUUGUUCCAUCAAUGGUUGGUUUUUCAUAUGAUCUUAAUGUUGGUACACCUGAUCAUCGUUGUCGUCUAUCAACGAAUGAUACAUAUGAUACAAAACAUGAUCGACUUCUUAAAUAUUUAACAUCAUCAUCAAAUACAGAUUAUGAUAAAAAAUGUCGAAUGUUUAUUGAUAAUUCUUCAUUAAAAAGAAAAUCAUGUGAUAAUGGUUGGGUAUUUGAUAUGAAAAAAUAUGGUGUAACACUUUCAACUGAAUUAUCACUUGUUUGUGAUAAAUUUCAUUUACGAGCAUUAACACAAAAUGUUUAUUCAGCAGGUGCAGCUGGAUCGCUAUUAACAGGUCUUUUAUCUGAUCGAUGGGGUCGUCGAAAAACAAUUUAUUUACUUGUUAUUAUCUUAUUUAUUGCAUUAAAUACAAUGCAAUUAUUUUUCUAUUCACCAACACAUAAACUUCUUGUUUUUACAAUUUGUCGAUUUUUUCAAGGAUUUGCAAUAACAUUUCAUUCCGUUUCACUUGUUCUUCUUUCUGAAUUAACUGGACCACGUCGACGUGUUCUAGCUGCAAAUACACUUGCAUAUUCAUUUGCUCUCGGUCAAAUUAUUUUAGCUGUUAUAGCUAAACAAUUUAAGGAUUAUAAAUUAACAUAUUGGGCAUUAAAUAUAUAUGUUUUACCAUUUACUUGUAUUUAUCUUCUUAUACCAGAAUCACCACGAUGGCUUGUUCAACAAGGUCGUAUUCGAGAAGCAAGAAAAGUUCUUGAAAGAAUCUUUCUUAUCAAUCGUCGACCUAUACAUAAUCGAUUAGAAUUAUUUUAUUCUCGUUUACCAACUGAUGUUGUUGCUGCUAGAGAAGCAAAUCAAAAAAUGCCAACUUAUUUCAAUGUAUUAAAACGACUUUGUCGAUCAAAAUUAAUGAGAAAAAGAUGUUUACUUCUUAUUGGUGUUUGGGCAGUGGCUCUUUCUGUUUAUUUAGGUAUUAGUAGUGCAAUACCUGCACUUACACCAUGGCCUCAUGAAUUAUUUAUAGCUGGUGCUAUUAGUGAAAUGAUCGGUCUUAGUGUAUGUCAUAUACUUGCAUCAUAUAUUGAACGACGUCGUCUUUUAAUUGUAUUUUUUAUUGCAACUGCACUUGCAUCAGCUCUUGUACCAUUUACUCAUGAUACACAGCAUAAUGUAAGUGUUGCACUUGCUUUAUUAGGUAAAUUAACAGCAUCAUCAUGUCAAUUAUUAAUUGUUGUUUAUACAACUGAAACAUAUCCAACAGCUCUUCGUUCUACAGGUGUUGGUUUAUCAGCAUGUAUUGCACGUCUUGUUGCAAUGAUUGGACCACAACUUUCAGCUACUCAAUAUUCUGUUUGGUUUCCAUUACCAUAUAUUGUCUAUUCAUUAGCAUCAUGUUUAGCUGCAUUAGCUGCUUCACAAUUACCACAUAUACAUUCACCAUGUAAACUACCUGAAACUGUUCAUGAAGUUGAAAAACAACAUACACAAGUAACAUUUACUGUACCAUCACCACCACCAACACUCGAUCAACGAAGACCAUCAUCAGCAUUAAUUAGAGAAUUAGGUGUAACUAAAUCAAAUCCUAUACCAACACCUAUUUUUGUUAUUCCAAGGCCUGUUUCACGACGUCAUUCAACUGUCAUUGGUCUUGAUCAACAAAUAAAUCAAGUUUCUCGUCUUCCAACAAUUACUGAUAUGAAUGAAGAUGAAGGUGAUGAUAAAACUAAUGAAAUUCAUCCUACUACAUCUGUUCUAUCUCGUAUUAGUUCAUUACCUACUCGUUUAUUUGCACAUCGUCGCAAUAGUAAUAGUACAGCUCUUAUAAAUCAAGAUAUAUAA